AUGCAGAGAGGCAGCAGAGAAGGGCCAACACUAGAGCCAACAGAGAAAGUCAGAAAGGCAGGCAGGCAGACAGGCAAACCCACACAGAAAGAGGGAGUGACAGACCGACAGACGGAGAGAACCAGAAACUCCGCGGUACCGCCCAAAACGAAGAAGCCGAACCACUCUCAUUUUCAUUACACUUCCUUACAUAUCAAAACCUCUCCAUCUCUUGGAGCAUAUGACCCACAGGAAGGCAUCCACACAGCAUCCAACCGCCAAAUAGACUCGCUUCUGCAUCUCACGUUCGAUGAAUCGCGAUCUACAUAUACAUACGCACUCCUCGCACCUGCGCACUGUUAUCAAGCAACAUCUCACCAUCUUCGCCUAUAG